GUGGAUUGUUGCCCUCGGGUCGCUCGGGGCGGGGACACGGAACCGGGCCAUGGAAGAUACGUCGGGGGCUCGCGAGCCCCGUGCGCGACCGAGAGAGCGGGACCCAGACCGCCACCCCCGCCCGGACCGAGACCGCCACCCCGAGAGACAGCGGGAGAGACACGGGGACCGGCGCAGGGAGAGAAACGGGGGCGAGCGCAGGGACGGGGAACGGGACAGGGGGAGGCACCGAGACCCUCGCCACGACAGACACAGGGUCGAGGACCUUCGAGCAGGUGAACAAAGAGUUUGGGAAAAGUCCCGCCAGAGCCGGACACCGGACGGACCCAGCAGACCGACGUGGGACCCAGCCCCGUCCCCCUGGCCUGCGCCUUGGGAAACCCCGGAGCCGCCACUCCCGAGGAAGGAGCGCUUCGGGCAUCGUGAGCCGGCAAGUGAACCCACUUCAGGGAGAUACCUGCCCUCGGACCCCAGGUCUGGACGAGAGGGAGUGGAAUAUUACCAGUCAGAGGCUGAAGGACUCCUGGAAUGCCAUAAAUGCAAAUACUUGUGCACUGGGAGAGGUGUGGUACAGAUAGUGGAGGUGAUACUGAAUGGGAUGGUUCUCAUGUGUAUCGUGGCCUCCUACUUUGUCCUUGCUGGAUUCAGUGCCAGCUUCACCAGUGGUGGCGGCUUUGGGAACAACUAUUACUCACCCUUUGAGGGCACCGAGCUGGAGCAGGUUCGGCAGCUGGACCAGCAGUACACGGUCCUCCGGGCACCCCUGAUAUACGGUGGCGUGGCUGUUUCUCUGGGGCUGGGUGUCCUCACUAUGGGUGUUUUACUCCAAGGAGCCAAAAGUCCAACCAAACUGUUGCCGAAGUGGCUCCUGCUGGAGGCGGCCUUCAGCCUCCUGGCGGCAGUGAGCUACUGCGUAGGCCUGGGCAUCUACCUCCACGUGGCCCUGCGGAUCAACGCCACAGACACUUGCACAGCCAGAGCGCGGCUCUAUGCCCGCAAGGGCCUCACCUGGAUGAACUGCCAGCUGGCAGGCACUGAUGGGGCAGCAGCCACCUUUGCUUGUCUUCUGGUGAUCAUGUACGGCGCCAGUGCUGUGCUGGCUCUGCGGAGCUACCGGGAACAGAAGCGCUACAAAGACAGCCAAGCACAGAACAGAAAUUACAACGACGCGCCGGAGUACCUGUGGUCAGGGACGCUCUGAGACCUCUUCUGCAACCUAACUGGCAACCCACCUCCCUUGUUUCUCUCAGAAAGAGGUGUCCUUUAAAAUAGCACAUUACACAACUGUGGUCUUCACAUACAAAUGUCCCCUUUGGUACCAGUGCAAAGCUAGGUGAUCAUUGUUUCUUUGUUUUGUUUUGUUUUUUGUUUUUUAAUCAGUCUUUGUUGGCUGAGAGCUUGAAAAAGAUGUCUCCACCUUUGCAACAAAGAGCAACAUCUGAAGUCUGGGGAUGCGCUUAUGGUGGGGCUCUCUUACCACAUGGUGAGGUAAUCAUGAGAAUAGCUAGGUAGCCAGAAAAAUUCUGAGAGAGAUGAGCAUUCUACAGCGAGGGUAGCAGGUCCAGCGUUAACCUUAGAAAUAUCCUCCGUUCAUAACUACUUAAAGUCACCAAAAGAAACAUGCCAUUGCCCCCGUAUUUGGUCCCAGGGGAACGAUUUUAAAGCAGUUGGAUGAGUGAGUUCUAAACGAGUAAUUACAUUCCGACUCUCCUAGAAGGAAACCACUCUAUCGGUCCAGCAGUGUGCCCUAACCGCCUGGCUCCCAGGAGGCCUUUCUCCCUCAGAGAUGGGAGGCGGGGCUCCUGGUACAUGAAGGGCGAUGCUUUGAGCAUGCGCACUCCUCCCCAGGAUCCCCGCAUCAGGGCUGAGAAAAAAUGGUUUUUCCACCAGCGUUCCAAGUUACCUUUUUGUUGCAAGUCAUUCAGCUGGAUUUCACUUUCCUAAAAUAUUUUAUAAUUUUCCUAAAUAGGCUUCCAGAUAGUGAGCAAUAAAAUUCAUAAACUUCUUAAAUAUGUUAUUCAAUUGAUUUCAAAGAUAAAAUAGUGAAUUUUACCGGACUAGAAAGGCUUACUGGAGGCUUCUUCAUUUCUCCAUUCCCCGACAGUCCCCUCUAGAGUAGGCCUUCAAAGGUAGAUUGUAAUCACUCAGGACUCUGAAUUGUUUUCAUGAUGUAAUAGAUCAUUAACACUGAAUAUUAAAAAUAAAAUUCUUUCAAUGAUUUUAAUCUAAA